AUGGCCCUUCCAAACAUUGCCAUCAUCGGCGCUGGUCCCGCCGGGCUGACGCUGGCCCGCCUCUUGCAAGUGCACAACAUCCCGUGCACCGUCUUCGAAAAAGACCCCACGCCAUCUGAUCGAGCCACCAACGGCGGCUGUCUCGACCUGCACGUCGGCUCCGGGCAGGAAGCCGUCAAGGAAGCCGGCCUAUGGGAUGCGUACCAGAAGUACGCCCGCUACUCUGGCCAGGCCUACAUCAUCAGCGACUCCACGGGCCGCGAGUACCUCAACAUCCGCGACCUCGACCUCGGGCGCCCCGAAAUCGACCGACCGCACCUGCGCCGCAUGCUGCUCGACUCUCUCCGGCCCGGCACCGUACGCUGGGACCACAAGCUCUCCAGCGUCACCGAAGGCACCGCGCCGACGCUGCACUUCGCCGGCGGCCGCGUCGAGAGCGGCUUCGACCUCGUCGUCGGCGCCGACGGCGCGUGGUCCAAGGUGCGCGAGCGCCUGUGCACCGUGCCGCCCUUCUACGCCGGGCUGUGCGGCUACGAGAUGUGGAUCACGGAUCCGGACGCCGCGUGCCCGGACGUGUCCGCGCUCGCGGGCGACGGCUCGCACUGGGCCGUCGGCCAGGAUGGGCGGAUGCUCAGCCUGCAGCGGCAGACGGACCGGAGCAUCCAGAUCUACGCCCUCAUGCGCAAGCACGAGGCGUGGCACGCCAACAGCGGCAUCGUCGACCCUUCCGACCCUACUGAGGCGAAGGACGUCGUCCUGCGCGAGUACGCCGACUGGGCGCCGCAGUUCCGCCGCGCGAUUGAGGCGGUUGACGGCGCUGUUAUUCCGCGCUCGUUGUAUAUGCUGCAUGUCGGCACGAGGUGGAGGCACAAGGCGGGCUUGACGCUCAUCGGUGACGCCGCGCACCUCAUGACCCCGUUCGCGGGCGAGGGCGUCAACGUCGCUAUGCACGACGCUCUGUUGCUGGCGCGGAGCAUUAUAGGUCGCCCGCGGGACGAGGUCGAUGCCGCGGCCGAGGAGUACGAGAGGGACAUGUUCCCCAGGGCCAAGGUCUUUCAGCAGGCGACGUGGGAUAGUCUGCAGGCCCGUUUCGACGACGAUGGGAACGAGAAGAUGGCCGAGGGUUUCAAGAAGGUUGCGGAAGAGUUGAAGAACGGUUCGUACGUUAAUGAUGGGUCGAGGCCGGAUGCUGUCUUUACCUCGUAG